AACACACGCGGGACAAUGGUUAUCUGGCCAUGUAUUGGUUGCCGUGCUCACACUAGCGUCGCAAUGAGCCUCAUAUCGAUCUUUUUCUUCAGUCUCACUUUGACUUUCGCUUUUGCUGAAAUAAAACUGGUUAAUGUGUUAUUCAGACACGGCGAUCGAGCACCAGGUAACUACAUAAGGAGCUGUCCAAAUUGCUGUGACACGAAUUCCGACUGCAAUAAAUUUUACCCAAUCGGUCUCGGCGGAUUGACAAAUCAAGGGAAGCAGCGUGUAUACAAAUUAGGUAAAUUUUUGCGAACGAAUUACGAUACUCUGCUGGGACCGCACUACAUAUCAGAAAAUGUGGAAGCUGUAAGUUCCGACUCUCCGAGAACACGCAUGUCCCUACAGCUAGUGCUUGCGGGCUUGUAUCCUCCUAGUAAAAUCCAAACGUGGAACGAUAAUAUUCGCUGGCAACCGACGCUGACGUCCUUCAAGUCGAAUGAGGAGGAUACUAUUUUCGUGCCUCAAAAAUGCCAAGUAUACACGAGCGAGUACAAAAGAGUGUUGGCGUCGUCGGAGUUCAAGCGACAAAUCGACGAACUCACCCCAUUUCUGGCCGAUCUGGGAAGGAAUAUGGGAAAAAACGCGACAUGCUCGCUGCUGGAUGCCAAUAAUCUCUACCACACGCUCGCCGCUCUAAAAGCAAUGAAAUUAGCGCUUCCAAUUUGGGCGGCUGGCAUUUAUCCCAACGGCGCGCUUCGCAAGGGUGCACUUCUGCAGUACCAGCUUUACGGAUACAAUGACCAACUGAAGCGACUGGCUGGAGGUGUUCUACUAAGAAAAAUGAUCGAUGACAUGAAAAAUACCCGAGAAAAGAAGAACUCUAACAAAAUUCAUCUAUACAGCGGUCACGAAUUAAAUAUUGUCAUGUUGCUGCAAACUCUCGGGCUUUAUGACGACUUGAUUCCUCAGUAUUCGAGUGCUAUCAUAAUCGAGCUGCACGAAAUUAAAAACAAAUAUUUCAUCAAGGUAUUUUAUUACUAUGGCAUCCCGCUUAAAGUUGAUAUGCUUCAGAUCCCUGGUUGUACAGAGUUGUGCCCUCUUGAUGAAUUUACUCAAUUGUUAGAGCACGUCACCCCAUCGGAUGAGGACUUAAAUUGUAGAAGAACAUGGUUGAACAUGCACAUAACCAAAAAUCAUUAUUUAUAGUGUUCAAAGUAUGGGUUUUGAAGUGCUCUGACAUUUGAUGGUAUUUUAAAAGUUGGCGAAGGAGGUAUUGAAUGGAAUACAAGAGAUGUAAAAAAAACUGUAAUUAUUAUUAAUCGUAAUAAUAUGGUUAUUGACAAUGACGCGGCUAUGUGCACAUUAAAACACCUUAUCUUUUAUCUUACAAGACCAGCUUCUCUUUUACACUAUAUACAGUAACUAAAUAUCAUAUUACUCAUUUUGCGUUUAUAAUAAAACUAUGUAUAUAUUUAUAUGUAUAAUAUUAAAUUCAUUAUCAAUAUUAUUUUCUGUAAUAAUCGUUACUAUUAGCGAUAGUUAUCAUCUUCGCCUCCAUUUUUUGUUUCAGUAAAAACAAUAUUUAAUACUAACUAAACAUCUAUCUGUACAAUACGUAGGCUCUCAAAUGAUCUCUUAUUACCGAUAAUGUACAAUACGCAAGAGUAAUGUGUAUUAUAAUAAAAUUAUUCAAUAAUAAUAAUCGAUGCAAGUUGUGAAGAAUGCGCUUGGGAAAAUUUUUGACGGAUCAAUAAUUACAUUUGAUGCACAUUUGAUGACUAUUAAUUGGUUUUUAAUACACAAAAUUAGUACGAUAUGAAAAACAGUGAAAUCAUCGUACAUUUACAAUUAUAAAAAAAUAUCAUGUUUUCUAGGUACUUUUUAGUUAAACGACUACUCGUUUUCUGUGAUUUGUUAAUAACAAAAUAAUAAAAAAAGUCGCUAGUUUCGACUGUUGUCAGUUUUGUUCGACGCGAGAUUUAUUAUUGCAUUAUUCGAAAGCCGAAGCGUUACGAACAGAAUUCACGUGUGUCUUAGUCAUCUAUUUUUUGCAUACUUAUAACAGUAUUUAAAUAGAAAUAAAAAUGUUUGAAGUCAAUUUUCACAAGGGAAAUAUUAACUUAUAUAAGAAUAAAAAAUUUCGAAGAAAUAUUUGCUUUACAAUAAUUAAUUGCUUAGAAGUGGGAGUGAAGCGAGUGUAUUUUUUCCGUCUAUAUACAGAAAUGUAAAAACACCCUCUUUCUCUCCUCCGCAAUCAUCCUAGAAAAUUUUUUCUGUUCAAAACGCAGUUGCUUUCGAUUGUCCCAAAUUCAGUAUACAAGUGCGCAGUGUACAAAGACAAAAUUGAUUGUACGGAUAUUUUCUCUUUCCCACGCUUUCCAUUCUUGCAUAUGUUUGUAAGCAAAAACUUCUGACAAUAAAUACACAUCAGUCAAACAAAUUAGAACUUAACUCGAUGGAAGAUGAACUACAUGAUAGAUUUCUCCGCGAUAUCUUUGCUUUACAUUUUGAUCUUGGCCUUUUUUUAAUGAAAUUGUUUUGAGAAAAAGUCCAUAAAGUUGGAAGAUGACUGCAUAUUUUAAUGAUUUGUGUACACAAACAAACAUAGCAUUCGCACGUCCAUACCGAGUACAUCGCUACAUCUGGAUUAUUUUUCUUCUGUUACUUACUUGCUAGAGGUGAAAAUUCAACAAAAACAUUCUAAAUUUUUUUCUAUAUACAAUUGUUCAACUUGGCGGUUUUUUUCCUUAGUGUACGACCUUCAAAUUCUCGAAGUAGACGAGAGCAUUGGUAUUUUUUUGUUACUUUUUUACGUCGAUAGUACAAGUUACUCGUGGAAAGUGGAUUUUUCGCUUUGGAAGAACAGAUAUGUUAAUAAAUAAGCAUUUAUUAGAGUAAAUAUAUUUGAAUAAACAUUGAACAACUUUUUAAGUUGCUUUCUUUAAGUCGAAAUGAAUUGCCAUUUUCCACAGUUACACUUUUCAAUGCAUAAAAUACGACGAAUGAUUUUAGAUAAUUUCGCUACACCAUCCAAACUUUAAAACCAAAUUUAUGUAUAAUCCAAAUGGCUAUUACAUAUUUAUUUGAAAGUUACUUCUAUCAUUUUUUAUCUGGCGUUAUUCCUGUUUAAAUUCAAUAUAAAAUUCAUUAUCACGAAAACAAUAUAUUAUAGAGAUAAAUAAUACGGGAUUUCAUUACAAAAAAAUAAUAAAAUAUUCAAGUUGUAGAUGUCUUGUCCAUUACAUUUUUCAUUUUUUUUGCAAGCUUACACGUUAGAUUUUGUAACGUACACCGGUACAAAAUGGCACGAAAGUUACAAAAUUACUACAAUUCAUUGAUAUCACCAAUUUUAUAGUUGUACGGUUUGAGUUCGACUAAUUACCUAUUUACUGAGCGUGAUUUUUUAUUUUAUCUCUUCCGUUUUUUGUUUUUUAUUAAUUCUUUAUGAUUGAACAAUUUGUUAUUCUUAAAAUAAUUUUUUGUAUUUGUUAAAAAAAAAAAAUAAUUACGGAAGAAAACUUAGUAUUCUCUGAAAUUGUUUUUAAAAUU